AUGGCACGUCAUAAUCAUGUUAUCGCGUUUUUUAUGAUCACCCUGGAGAGCAUCUUCAAACCCAUCGAAAACAAUUACCAGAGAACAGCUUCAAACUUGCCAAAGAAAAUUACCAAAGCACAACUCAAAGCUCAUCAAAAAAGAUUACCAGAGAACAGCUCCAAACUCGCCAAAGGAAAUAACCAGAGAACAGCUCAAAGUCCGAUGAAGAAAAUUAUCAGAGAACAGCUUCAAAUCCAAAUAGCCCCAAACCAGGAAGAAAAUUACCAAAGAACAGCUCCAAACCCUGCGAAGAAAUUACCAGAGAAAGCUCCAAACCUGGCGAAAAAAUUACCAAAAAAUAGCUCAAAGUCCGGCAAAGAAAAUUAUCAGAGAACAGUUCCAAACCUGAGAACAGCUCCAAAUCCGGUGAAAAAAAUUACCAAAGAACAGCUCCAAAUCUG